CACUCACUUGUAUGGAGGCUGCCUGGCUCUGGCUCCAAGUCCUUUUUCAUGGAGCCUCGUCAUUCACGAGAAGAGCUUCUCACCGUUCCCUCCUCCUCUCCUUCACAACCUUGCAUCGCCAAAACUAGACCCUGAAGAAAAUGACAAAGAAUAAACAAAUCCCAUAUGCACCUUUUCUUAAUAUUUUAAGAAACCAAAAAUAUGUUUGCUGCAGCAUGAUAGCAUUACCACCCUCUCCCUAAUCUAUUGCUUUGCUUCCAAAUUCUAGACUUGCUUUUCUUGCAGUGCAUAGUUUGUGAUUGUAUUAUUCAACCCCUUUGCUUCGCCACCAAAUCCACCCUAGCUCUUUGUUGCUUCUCUUUCCCAGUCAAGUAAACUCUAAUCCACCCCUAGUAGAGUCUCUCUUAUUUGCGUCUUUGCUUUUCUCUCUUCUCUUUGCACUUUCUUAUUGCCCCCCACCCCCUGUAAUCUUCUUCUUUUUCUCUGGAUCUCUCCGUCAGAAUCCCGAAAGCCUUCCCUUUCCUUCCACGUUCGGAUCCUUCUUUUCUUCGCCCGCGGGGCAGAGAGAGAGAGAGAGAGAGAGUCAGAGGAUGACGAGGCUCUUUCGAUCCAAAUCUUGUGGGCUCCCGGGAACGACAGAGUUCAACAGGGCUCAGCAGAGACCCCUCUUCCCCACUUCUGCCAACGACUGCUUCGACGUGGUAGAGUACGACGAGGAGGAAGAGGAGGAGGAGGAGGAGGAGGAAGGGGAGGAGGAAGCGGAGGAGGAAAACGACUCCAUGGGAAAGAAGGGAGGAGGCGGCGGAGUAGGAAGAAAGUGGGAGAGGCAGCAGCAGCAGAUGCCGAUAUUGGACAUUCUGGUCGGAGUGUUGAGGAAGUCGCUGGUGACAUGCAGCGUGGAGAGAGACGACCUCUCCUCCACUGACAUCAGCUGGCCUACGGACGUCCGCCACGUCUCCCACGUCACUUUCGACCGCUUCAAUGGCUUCCUCGGCCUCCCCAACGAGCUCCAGCCCCAUCUCCCUCCCAAGGUCCCUAGUGCCAGUGCCAGCGUAUUCGGAGUUUCUGCCAAGUCAAUGCAGUGUUCAUAUGAUGAGAGAGGGAACAGCAUACCAACGAUUCUUCUAAUGAUGCAAAGGCGACUAUAUGCGGAAGGAGGGUUGAAAGCAGAAGGAAUAUUCAGAAUAAAUGCAGAGAAUAGCCAAGAGGAGUACGUAAGGGAACAGCUCAACAAGGGUGCCGUGCCUUAUGGAAUUGAUGUUCACUGUUUGGCUGGUUUGAUUAAGGCAUGGCUCAGAGAGCUUCCAACAGGGGUUCUUGAUUCUCUCACACCGGAACAAGUUAUGCACUGCAACACAGAAGAAGAGUGUAGUCAGCUAGUGAAAUUACUCCCUCCGACAGAAGCCGCCCUGCUUGACUGGGCCAUCAACUUGAUGGCGGAUGUGGUGCAGCAUGAGGCACACAACAAGAUGAACGCGCGGAACAUUGCCAUGGUUUUUGCACCCAACAUGACUCAGAUGGCCGAUCCCUUGACUGCAUUGAUUCACGCGGUGCAAGUGAUGAACUUCCUCAAGACGCUCAUCUUAAAGACCCUCAGGGAGUGGGAAGAAACAGUUGGCGAGGUUAGGUUGCCUCUGUUGUCCUUGAAUUGUCCGACCAAUGAAAUCAUUGAGCAUCCUGCGACGAUCUCGGACAGACACAGAUCUCAUUAUCAAACUCCAGGCGCUCGUUUAGUAGAGGGGCCUGUGGCGAUGGAACACUUGAACGGCGGUGCUUUGGAUGAGUUGGAAACAACAACAAAGAAGGGACCUGCGGGAUGCCAAACGAGAAGUGUCGAAGAGGAGGAGGAGGUGGAGUCGUCAAGUAGCAGCAGCCUGGCUAGGUCGGAGGCUGGAGACGGAGAUUAUGGGAGCGGGGACUGGCUGAGAUUGAGAAAAGGAGUGAGGAAGUUGUGCAGGCGCCCGGUGUUCCAGAUGAGCAAGCCGGCAAAGAAGACGAGAAGUUAUGGGACGGUAAAUAGUAGAGGAGGUGGGGAAGGAGAAACUUGGGCAUGAGAUGUAAGCGGUCGGUACGUGUGUCGGUUCAUGGCCGUUUGUAUUGUGUAAGUAGUAGUAAGUAUUGAGUAGCUCAAGAUAAA